AUGGGAUCAACUUGGCCAAUCUUCGACCGUUUGGAGCCCAUUGACUUGUCGUCCUUGCCGCCCACGAACGACGCCUCGCUCAGAUCGUCCGACUUCACCUUCAGUCACUUUUUCGAUCAAUCUAGCUCGUACGAUAGUUCAGCGGUCUCCGCUAUGAGUACCAUCUCGUCGCAGGAGCCGGAUCUAGGUGCCUUAUCUCGUUGGAUUGGGUGGACAUGGGAGCCACCACCAUCUCUCGUGAAGCCUCCUCCCCCCACUGAUAUACCUUCCAAGGUCAAGUCGCAUCCUCCCCGGCCCAUCGCCGAUUUUGUAACCCCCAAACGCUCUGGUGUCAGCCCGAUGUACCCCCACGAAAGACUCAGCACCGUCAGACGCCCUGUACCGGGGUCUCAUGCACGUGCAAGACCUAUCUCAGAGAGACAAGCUUUCAGCGAGCUUGUGGACUGUGUACAGAAUAGUGCACAAAAACAGCUGUCUGCGCGGUCUACAAAUGCGUGGAGCAGAAAAUCUCAUCUCUCCAGAUUGACAUCGUCGAUUCCUCCCACGCCGACGCCAUUGUCAAGGGAUACAAGCGAGGUUGUCCAUCACACAUUGUCGAAGACGGGUGACCGAGCUCCCACAAUAUCGGAUUGCACCGAUAUGCAUCUCAUGAUAAACGACAAGCUGCAUGAUCUUCAUCUUCGACUUCAAAAUAUACGAGAAAUUAUGGAUAAAAAUGACCCGACCUGUUGA